UCAUUCAUUACAACUGGUGGUGGAUCAAGUAGUGAGGGUGGCUGCAUUUGUCCUGAUGGAAGCAGUGGUCAUAGACAGGGAGCCCCAGAUUCUUCACACAGCACAUAUUCUGGUAACCAGGGAGGGCCUUCCUUCUAUCCCGGAGGAUCCUAUGGACAGGAUGGCCCAGGUUCUUCCUACAGCUCUUACUCCGGUAACCAGGGAGGGUCUUCCUUUUAUCCUGGUGGAUCUUACGGACAGAGAGCCCCAGAUUCUUCACACAGCACAUAUUCUGGUAACCAGGGAGGGCCUUCCUUCUAUCCCGGAGGAUCCUAUGGACAGGAUGGCCCAGGUUCUUCCUACAGCUCUUACUCCGGUAACCAGGGAGGGUCUUCCUUUUAUCCUGGUGGAUCUUACGGACAGGGAGGGUCUUCUGUCUACGAUAGUAGUGAAUCGUAUGGCCAGGGUGGAUCUUCCACAUAUAGUGGUGCUGGAUCUUAUGGCCAGGAUUCACCUUCCAUGGGAGGAGGUGAAACUGAUGCAAAUGGUUCCACCUCACUAUCUGGCAGUCGGCAGAGUGAACGGGAUUUUUAUUCCCCAGGAGGCAGCCAGUCAGGUGGACAUGGAUCAUCUUCUCAAGGUGGUGGCUACUCCAGUGGACAGGGCUCACCCACAUCAGGAAGCAACCAGUAUGGUGGGCAGGGUUCGAGCUCUUCAGGAGGCAGCCAGUAUGGUGGACAGGUAUGCUUUCCUUUCUCCACACCAUUCAGUGGUGCUCCUGCCAGGAGCCCACAAUGAUUCAUAUUCUUCUGUAGGUAGCCAGUAUGGUGGACAGGGUUCACCUUCCUCAGGAGGCAGGCAGCAUGGUGGACAGGGUUCACCUUCUUCAGGGGGCAUCCAGUACGGAGGACAGACAGAAGCAAUUCGAUAG